UUAGUGACUAGAAUACCCUGAAAAUUUCAGCUAAAAAGAAUGUUUCCAUCUCGAGAUAUUAAAGUCUUAAAAAAUCACGUAUAUCCCACGAAACAUGCUUUUUUGAGACUUUAAUAUCUCGAGAAGGAAACAUUCUUUUUAGCUGAAAUUUUCAGGGUAUUCUAGUCACUAAUAGACCUCUCUGUGGGCAAAAUCUCAGGUCGAAAUAUCGUCAUUUGAUUUAUUCCUACAUACCCUGCCAUAGGCUAAAAUUUCAGUAUAUUGCCUAUAACUCGGGACGGAAGGCCUAAUGGCACUUAUCCUUUUGGGGUUUUUCAUACCUCACUAGGACCUACUUUAUGCAUGGGGUCCGAACUGAAAAGCUUGGUAUCAGUUGGUGAAGUUCCCUCGUAAGUGGAAAACAAAGAAAAACGGCAGUUCUCAAGAUCACCGACCAUUGUCUUGAUCUUAUCCAAUAUCCUGAACAAUCUACGCUUUCUCCUGUUCUGAAAAUGUUCUUCAAUAAAUCUCGUAUCGUUGCGUUUUAUAAUUUUACGGUACAGAAUUUCCAUUUAAGUCUGCCGAAAGUAACAGCAGAUGUUGUCUGUUUUCAAGGUUCAAUGAUAUGCAAUAAAAUACAACAGUGGGUUUAUCAUGAACAUUGUAUGGAUUUUGAACAGUUUCAAACACUAGAAUCUUAUCCAUUUUUCCCUAUAUCUUAUCUGUUUUGUCAGGCAGCGAAUAACUACUCAGUUAUUCCUUUUGACAGUGAUGAAGUAUCGCAAACAAAUGAAGACAAAGUGUCAUUCUAUAGAUGCAAUCAAUCAGAUCAGGUGAUAUCUCAGCGUCGUAUUAAUGAUGGUUAUAUUGAUUGCCUGUUAGGAGACGACGAAAUUAAUCAAGAACAGACUAUCAGUGAACCUUAUCGAUAUCGUUGUAUAACAGAAGAAACAAGACAAUUUGUUAGUUAUCAACAAUUAGGAAACAAAGUACAUGAAUGUAUUGAUGGUAGCGAUGAAACUUCGAUUAAUAUCAACUGGAACUUGUUCCUUUGUGAGUAUCCAGAUGACUAUGCAUGCGAGAUGUUUCGAAAUCAUAGAGUUAAUGAUAUUCAAUUACUAUUUCAACGUCAUUGUGAUUCAAUAUGGGAUACAAUGGACGGAAAUGAUGAACGCAAUUGUUCAUAUUGGAAGUGUAGUUCGAAUAUGUAUCAAUGUCGAGGAACAGGCCAGUGUAUUGAUCGAACAUGGAUCUGUGAUGGAGAAUUUGACUGUAAUAAUGGUGAUGAUGAACACAAUUGUUCCAAGUUUAGUACUGGUUGGACGUUGCAAAGUAAAUGCAAUCAAUCAAUAGAGUAUUUUUGUAUUACAUUCGAUUUCCUAUCGAAUAUUACGUUCAAUCGACCGUGCAUUAGUAAUAAUAAGAUUGGUGACGAGAAAAUUGAUUGUAUAGGUGGAUAUGACGAACGAAAUGUAUUAUCAUGUUCUGAUCAUCAAAUGCUUGGAGAUCGUUUUAUGUGUGAUAACCAGACGAAAUGUAUUGCACCUCAUAAAAUCUGUAAUGGUUUCACUGAUUGUUUCGAUCAGACAGAUGAAUUGAUCUGUUUUUGGGAUCGCGGUCAAUGUAAAAUGAACGAAUUUGCCUGUUCAAGUGGUAGAAAAUGUCUACAACAAUCUUGUAAUAAGAACCAAACUUGUCCGAAUGGUGAGCAUUUCCUCUGGUGUCCAAGAAAUACGAGUGUACCGUAUAGAUUCAAUAAAGUGCAACGUACAUCAGAAUAUGUUUCGUUCUGUCAUAGCUAUGUACCAAAAGCUCUUUUAUUGGAAAAUGGUGAAUCCAUUCCGCCAACGGCAAAUAAGAAUGAGCAACUCAUUCAUGAAUUUUGCAAUCGAGGAUUUUCUCUUUUGACACAAAAUGGAUCAGAAUUAGAUUGUUUUUGUCCACCAAGUUUCUACGGCCAUCGAUGUCAAUACAACCGACGACGAAUUACAGUAAUAGUGCGUCUUGAACGACGACACCGUUCAGAUCUACCAUUUGUUCUUCAUGUUCUUGUAUUAUUAGUAUGCAAUCGUAGCAUUAUCAUUGAUCAUCAGACAUUCGCCGAUAUUGAUCAAGAUUUUUUUGAAAAGCAUCAGAUUUAUUUACUAUACUCGCGACCACGACAUCGGUGUAUUUAUUCUAUUCGGUUUGAAGCGUAUCAUGGCAACCGAUUUAUUUCAUUUUGGGAAUAUCUUAUUACUCCAUUCGAUUUUUUACCUGUCUUUCGUCUAGUGAAGAUAUUACGUUUUUCUGAUAGAAUCAUUCCUUGGUUAUGUUCUCAAAAUCUAUGUUUGAAUAAUGGUACCUGCUACAUGGAUAAUGAUAAUUCUGAGCAAUCUCUGUGCAUAUGUCAAAGAGGGUGGUAUGGAGCAUCUUGUGAAAAAUUAUUAGAACACAGUGAAUGUUCUGCAGACGCUCUUGUUCGUGAUCAAGAUGUUUGUGUUUGUCCUCAUACAUUUCUUUUUCCACAUUGUCAUAUUCAAAAUACCAUCUGUCGACAAGCAAAUAUCUGUUCAGCUAACCAAACAUGUUAUGCACUUUCAGUUUUUCCACCAAAUCAGUAUACAUGUCUAUGUCAAUCCUCACAAUGCCUUUCAUAUCAAGCAUUUUUACUGUUACAUCGAAGUAAGCCGAAUGAGCGACCAAUUCUAGUGCAAUUACUUAAAUUAUCAUCUGCCUAUCCACGUUUACGACAACAAUUCCUUAUUGAAGCAUGGACAGAAUUUCCAGUAAAACGUUUGAUGGAUACCUAUGAUAAAAGAAAAAAAACAACUGGGCUUGUACCCGAAGUCGGUUUACUGUACACGUUUACUCCUGAAAUAGAUUCUGUGACUAGUGUGUUGAAUAUUCUCUAUAUCAAUUGUACUAAUAAUCAUCUAUUCAACAUCAUUAUUGAUCUUGAUGUGCAAUUGCAACAAUGUCACUUUCUUAUGGAUAAUAUUCAUCAUCAUCAUUCCAUCAAAUUGUAUCAUAGUUAUUGUCAAGAUGAAAAAUUUUCUCCAUGCUUCUAUUCAGAUAAUUAUGUAUGUUAUUGCAGUAUUAUUACAAAUCGAAGUGAAUGUCUGACAUAUCGGCAACAUAGCAUCACUUGUUCGUAUUGUAUUAAUCAUGGUCUUUGUCUUCGAGGUGACCUUCAAAAUCGAAAUGAUUUUGUUUGCAUCUGUCCGAAAUGUAUUUCGGGAGAUCUUUGUCAGUUUUCAUUAAAUCGUUUUUCGAUAUCCUUGGAAAUGCUUAUCGAAAAGACUCGAUCAGGAUUUCGAACUUUCGUGGGUCCACUAAUUUUCCUGUUAGUAGGAAUUAUCUUUAAUGGUCUCACUUUUCUUACAUUUUCCGGAAGAAAAGCUAGAGGAACAAGUAUUGGUUUUUUUCUCUUCUUGAGUUCUAUUAUUAGUCAACUUGUUCUCGUCCUGCUAUUUACUCGUGUAGCAUAUCUAGUCAUUGCACGAAAAAUUACCAUUGAUUAUCGUAUAAAUGAAAUGUUUUGCAAGAUUCUACCAUAUUUGAUGUUACCAUUAAACUAUUUCAGUCUCUGGCUGAUGAUUUUUGUCACAGUUGGACGCGCUGUUGCUGUUGCAAAACCAAUUCGCUUUCGUUCAUUUCAAACAGUUUCAAAUGCAAUUAUUCUAUCUAUUCUUACUUUUAUUAUACUUUUUGGAUCUUGCUAUUUUCUCAUUGAUCAAUAUAAAUUAAUACUUCAUCCAGAGGAUUCUCAUCCAUGGUGUGUUCAAGAAAUUCAAUUUCACCAUAGAAAACUUGUUCAAUACAUUUCACUUGUACAUCAAAUGGUUCCAUUUCUUAUUCAUAUGACAGCUGCUCUGAUCAUUAUCAUUGUUGUUAGUCGUUCUCGAGCAGCCAGUCAUCAUCUACCACUUAUAAGUGCACUAUCCUGUGAACUUCGACAACGAGCUGAUCUAUUACUUAGUCCUAUUAUCUGCUUUGUCACACAACUACCUCAAUUAAUCAUUCUCUUUUUUGAUGCUUGUGAUUAUGAGAAAAGUUCAUGGUUCAUUCAUGGAACACUUGUCGCUUAUUACGUAUCAUUCAUGCCUCAAAUUAGUCUGUUUUUUAUGUAUAUUUUACCAUCACGACUUUAUAAACAAACUUUCCUACUCGAAACAAAAUUCGGCAAAUUUUUAAGUAAUACUUUUAAAAGUCGUAUUCAGUCUUAA